AUGAGCAACGCCGAUGUGACGCUCGAGUGGCACAAGUACGGCGAGGAGGUUGGGACCGGCAGGGGAUAUCAGCACCAAUGCAAGGACUGGGCCGCCAUCAUGGCCUGGGUUGAAGAGCACCGCAUGACCAACGACUAUGGCAUCAUUAGAGUCGCAAUAUACGGCCGCUCCACCUUUCUCACGACUUCACCGUCUCUAUGUUUCCAGCUCUUAACCGUGCAUAUUCUUCUCACCUCCAACCCACAACAACCUACAACCUGUGACAACCUGCAUAUGUGCAACCCACCACAACACACAACUUACAACCUACAACCUCCUUUGACCUACAACCUCGUCCGGUCUAGACCCUCUCCCAACCUACAAUCUCCAACCUACAAUCUUCAACCUACAACCUUCAAUCUGCAACCUUCUCCAACCUCCAACUCUUCAACCUACAACCGUUCAACCUACAACUCUUCAACCUACAACUCUUCAACCUACAACUCUUCAACCUACAACUCUUCAACCUACAACUCUUCAACUCUUAACCUGCAACCUGCAACCUUCUCUAACCUACAACCGUACAACCUACAAACUUUCAACCUACAACCUUUCAACAUACAACUCUUCAACCCACAACCCUUCAACCCACAAACCUUCAACCUACAGCCCUUCAACAUACAACUCUUCAACCCACAAACCUUCAACCUACAACUCUGCAACCUCCAACCCUACAACCUACAACCGUUCAACCUACAACUCUUCAACCUGCAACCUCCAACAACAUCAAGGGACUGGACCAGUCCUCAGACUUUCAACCCACAACAAUUUCUAGGGAUUCGACCACUCACUCUCUCCACCUCCAAGCUACAACAACAUCCAGGGACAGGACCACGUUUCCAACCUCUAACCUACAACAACGUCUAA